AUGUCUACUGCAGCCACAGAAACAACCCGUCGCACCCGUCCAUCAAAUGCCUCUACUCAACCUGGUAAGGUAGUGCUGGAGGCACAGGUCAAGAGGUGUUCCAAGGCACAAAAGGCUGCUGACAACCUCACCCUCAAGGAAGCGAAGGAAGCUCUAUUUAAAAAGGGACUUGAGUGCCUCACUCACAUCGAGACUGAGAUGGAAAAAAAAAACAGGGAGAAGUGCUCACCAAGAAGGCCACCCCCAUUCGGCCUAAACCAAGGGCCCAAAAGCAUGUUAGAUGACUUACCAGAGGCCAAUGAGAUAGACAACCACCAGAAGACCCCUACUGAGGAUAUGGAUGAUGGACCUGCUACCACAGGGAAAGGGAAAAGAAGGUGUAACAUGCAAAAGAAGCACAACAAGUCAUUGUCGAAUGUGGAAGAUGAUAGCAUCAAUAAUAAGGUACCACAUACUGAUGGGAAAGACACGCUAUUGAUUAUCAAUGUGACCGCUCAGAAACUCACAUUAGGCGGCCGAGUGACCAACUGGGCUUUAGCAAUCACUGAGUACAAAAAGCUGGAACCAUCACCCCGUGCAUCCAGCUUUUCAACUCGAGAGCCUCCCUUGACUAUCUUUUCACCCAACACUGCUUCCUCUAUAGCAACUUCAGCCACUCAGCCCCCAACUCAGAUUCCUGCAGCUCAAACCAAACAUGUGACUGAUGAUGCUCUUACUGGUGCCUUGGGAGAUGAAAUUGAUGAUUCAUUGGAGUAUGAGGCUACUUGCAAGGAGAAGCAAGACAAAGGGAAAACUAAGCAGGUCGUCUCAAUAUUUGAUGAAAACUCCGACUUUGAUGAGCCUCAAGCAAGCCAAGGACUUCUGCAAUAUGAUGACUCAGAGCUUGAGUUAUCACAGGAGCCUAGGGCUCUGUUCACACAGGCACCAAACCUGAAAUCCUCCAAGCGCAAAGCUAACAAAAUUCUUGUCUCAGCUGAGGUGUCAGAGGCUGAGUCUAUGGUGUCCGAUUGGUCUAUGGAAGUUAAAGGCGUCAACAACCUGAUCAUGUGUGCUGAUGAAUUAUCUCAGCCUGAACCUAUUGUGGUGACAAAGGAGAAGGUUUCAUGUACAACAACCUCGACAUCUGUCACCACUUCUGUUGCCGAUAGUGAGCCGCCUGCUCAAAAAAAGGCCAAGAUCAAGCCUUCUGCUGCAUCAGUUCGCGGUGUAUCUGCCAAGCUCAAAUGCCAACAGAAUGUGCCGGUGGACACUAUGCCAAAGCACAUGAAAGCAUGUGGUGCCUAUCAUACGGUUGACUUACCUGCAGCCAUGCAGGCAGACCAGCGCUGGACGAAAAAAUAUCUCCCUACCAUAAUGCUGUGGGCUGGAAGUUAUGAAGACAUCUGGGUUAUCCCAGACGAUGUUCUUCUCCAUCAUGCUCAGCUCAUUUUCGAUGCAGUAUACAAAGAUCUUAAUAUUGUUCUCAUUCACAAUGGUGUGGUACAUUCACCUACUGCACAGCGCAUCUCAGAAUGGCGCAGUAAUUUUGGCUCAACAGCCAUAGUCAUUGUCAUGGACUUUAUGACACGUAAUCCUGACUGCCCUCCUAGCGAUAUGGCAACAUCCCUUGUCCAUGAUUGGGCCUUUGUAUAUGAGAACCCUGGUAGUCCAUCUCCUCUCACAGCUUACUGCUCUCCCUUCAUCUUACAGCUGAUUGGCAUGGCACACCUCAACACCAUCAAAGGGUAUGUGGAGGUUCCCUCCUUCAACAUGCAUGAGCUUGUGACGAGCAGGAUGUCACGGGUUCUCGCCCUCUCUGCUGUAGCAAUCAAGCGUGCCCUUGGGUUGAUUAAAAAUAAACAACUCAAGGUUCAGGAUGUUUUGUUAUCUGCAUCACGCAGUAAAGUGGCCAUCAAACUACCAAAGGUUCUCAACAAAAUGAUGGGGAAAGAGAUCAAUGUUCCAUUUUUAUUUUCAGCGACUCUCUGGUCCAAACCAACCAAGGCAUUUAUCAAGUCGAUUUUGAGCAAGCCUGCUGGGUAUGUGGAGGCCACCAUAGAAAUGGCACACACUACAGUAAAUGAUGCCACUGAUACGGUGUUGAGCUUACUUGAUGAUGAGGAGUCAGACAAGGACGAGCGAGCUAUGAUUUGUGAGCAUGGACCAAAUCAUCUAGGCUUACUCUCACUGACAACCGGGCCCCUGCUACAGGAUAUCAUUUUUGUGGCUGUAGCCAUUCAAUUUGCGCUGGAAACAUUGUCAUUAAUCUUCCCCUGCUACUACUGCAUACUAUGUCUCACCUCUGCCAGUCAUGUUUUCCGCUGUAUCAUGUUUUCUAUUGCGCUCACUUUUUUGCUCACGUUGUUACUUAAUUUUACGCUUAUCACGCUUUCCAGUUGUGUUUUCCACUAUAUCAUGUUUUCUAGUAUUGCGCUCACUUUUGCUCGCAUCGUUACUUAA